GGUAACUGGAUUGGAGAUGUACCUAGGGUUAUGAAGGGACUGUCAAUGGCAGAAAAAAUGAUGAUAUCUAGGGUACAUCAUAAUCGAUGUAUUGUGAGAGUUGCAAAGUCUGGACAGCAUCGAAUGAAGGGAAAUGCUAUAUGUUGGUCUGUGCCUAUGCCCAAGAUAUAUAAAGCCCUACCUCCUACACCAGAGGAAAUGAACGAAGUACUUGCAUUUGUAUAUUUAGGGCCAGAAAAGCCUACAGAAGAUGAUUAUAAACGUACACCAUUACUAGUGCGUAAAAAUAAAGUAAAAGCUGCUUUAGAAUGGCUCAAAUUAAAUCAUGACCAAUAUCAUGAUUUGACAAUAGCUUAUGAUGUACUGGACCGAUAUUCAGAGAAUACACCAAUAGUAGUCACAGAUUAUAGACAUUCUGAUAAUCCUAUACAGCCAGAAGCAACUGCAGUAACAGGAGAUGAGUCAGAAGAAGGAACAGAUACAGGGCCCUGCACCUUUCAAGUCCAUGGC